AUGGAGUGGGAGCUCAACUUCUUGGUUUACCUGGCGCUCUUCUUCUUCCUGCUCUUCUUACUGUUCCUCCUGCUCUUCGUGCUCAUCAAGCAGCUGAAGAACUCCGGGGCCAGCACAGCCGGGGCGCUCCAGCCGGGGCGCCUCUCGCUGCACCGGGAGCCUUGGGGCUUCUCCCACGAGCAGGCAGUGUGA